AUGUCUAAAAGUUCGGUAUUAAACACGUAUAAUUUCGUAAGUACUUUUAAUCUCCCACGAACAAUUGAUAGUGAACAUUAUCAACUCAUUAUCCGUCAACAACCAAAACAGGCAAGAUUAUGUAAUUCAAAGGAACGAGGUUAUAGGGAAGAUGCACAAAAUUUCCUUCAAAGUCCAUAUUAUUUCAUGUGUGCUAACCUUGUAUAUCCCGGUGACGAUAAUGAAAAUAUUACUAAUUCAUCAAAAUAUUUAGCGGGAACAGUGGUUUCAUCACUUCACAAAUUAAAAGAUAUUGAUAAUACUGAUGGAGGAUUUUUUGUGUUUGGAGAUAUUUCUGUUCGAAUUGAAGGUCGUUAUCGUUUAAGAUUUAGUUUGUUUGAGAUUAUAAGAGAGGAGGUUAUUCACGUACAAUCAAUUUUAUCCGAUGUAUUCACUGUUUAUUCACCAAAGACAUUUCCUGGUAUGUCGGAAUCAACAUUUCUAUCUAGAUCGUUUUCCGAUCAAGGUGUUCGCAUAAGAAUACGAAAAGAACAUCGAAUUCAAAUGAAACGACCACAAUCUAGUAGACAUUCAGACAUUGCAGAUUGUGAAGAUGAUAUUGUUAAUAAUGAUAACAAUGAAUGA